GGAAGUGGUGACUGCUUUGUGUUGCCUUGGAAAUCACCCUCAAGGAUCAACAGUAGGUAGUUGAAAAUCUGAAUUGAGGGCAGAAAUUCCGUGGUUAGAAACCAGUUCUUUGCAGAAUAGAGAAUGAAAAAUCAGAGCUCAGGGCAGAAGGGGCUGGGAGGAAGAAUGAAGAGCAAAGAUACUGUUCAUGGAGCUGGCAAAUAGCAGGACGAUGGCUGAAGGCAAGAACACCGUGGAGAAAGAGCAUCAGAGUGCAGAGCCAGCACAAGUGAACACAGAGGCUUUGAGGAGAACAUGCAUUGCAAGACUACCACCGCAGAAUGGACCACCGAGAACUGUCAUCUCACAGCCGCCCAUGGUAGCAGACUCAGAGUGGUUUGGUCUGAGUGCAGAGGAACAAUUGGCCUGGGCUAAGUGUUCUGAAGACCCUCGGAUUGCAGUAGGUUCCUAUUCCCCACUAGAAAAGAAAAUAAAGCGUUUAGGUGGCACCCAUUCUUCACGAGCGAGAAAACUGUUAGUCCAGGAGUUACAACAGGAGAGUGAAACAAUUGAUAAACUUAAGACCAUGUCUUUUGACUUGCGGUUUGCUAAAGCAGAUUCCUACUACUAUCAACAACAUCAAGAAAUGAUUAAAGAAGCAUGGAAUUAUAUACCAGAUUCAGAAUGGAACAUUAACCCAGAGGAAGAGAAGAAGUCAAGAAGAAAAACACCAGACAAUGAAAAAAAAUGGGACUAUCUAGUAUCUGAGAGAGAAAUAAAUCACAUAGAAAAACACAUACUCAGAGCUGAGAGGGCUAGAGGCCUCAGAGACAACAAAUAUAGACUACUCCCUGAGAGAAUUCCAAGUGAAACACUUUCCCCAAAACCAUUAAUACAAGAAGAUAAAAAGAAUAAAAAUAUCCAGAAAACAUACAAAGCUGUACCCCAAAAGCCCAAAGUAGCAUGGGCAAAGGAGCAGAUGAAGCGACAUAAAGACCGAAUGAUUCGAGCGAGAGAACUCACAGACCAGAAGAAUGAUGAAAAGAAGACUCAAAAGUUCCCCAGCCAUGGUCGUCCUCUCUUCAAAUCACGAGGGAAGAAGGAGGAAAAGAAAGAGUUUGAAAAGGUCACAGCUUAUCCUAUCUUCCAGCCUUCCCAGGAAAAACUUAUAGAGGUGACUAUUCUGAUGGAAAAGUCGAAAGUGGAUAAAGUGCAAAAACCACUCCAAAGAGAGCUCUUGAGUAUGCCACCAUUUCUGAAAAGUCAACUAGAAAAGAAAAAAAACCUUAAAUUAUUUCCUUGAUUAUCGUAUUUCUUUCUUAGAAUAUUUUAUAGUAAUUAGUACAAUGAAAUCAUGGAAAACAGACAUCUAAGGGGAAAAUGGCAGCUCUAGACAUACAUACUGGAAAAGCACGGUAUUGAGGCCACAGGUUGUUCAAUUCCAUUCUUAUGGUACUCACUGGUCAGGGCUAAGGAGUAAGAACAUUAAAUGAGGACAGAAUGGCAGCUAAUGGCAUAGGACUGGGGAGGGGUGCUCUAUAGUAUUUUUUGAUGAUGGUAGCAUGCCCCAUUGAUUUUAAGGCACUGAAUCAUGUCCUAAUUGGAUGAGUUGGAUUGUGGAUGAACUCUCAGCAAAGCUGUUCUGACAGAAGGAAAGGAUUGCUAGUGUUUAGAGAAGAGGAAACAAUCCUGAAAAUAAAGGGCCAACCAUCCUACAAGGUUCUAAACAUUAGAGUUUACACUUAAAAUCCUGAAGGCAGGGUAGGGGAGACGUUUCAGCAGGCUAAAGUGCUUUUUAU